AGAGAUAUGCAUAUGUGUGCUGCACAAUGUUGUGAAAAUGAAACAUAUAGCAUACAAAAAAUACAUGCCUGCGUGGAGAAUUGUAGUUCCUCUAUGUAUAAAGCACAGCAAUACGUUCAAGGAGAGUUUGAACGGGUACAGAAUCGCUUGCAAAGAUGCAUAAUGGAAUGCAAUGAUAAUAUAAAAGACAAAAUAGGGCCAAACCCGACUCAAACUGAAGUGGACAGGUAUACCGAAGAAUUUGAAAAGUGUGCCACCAAGUGUGUAGACACUUACUGCGAAUUACUGCCGACCUUGGAACAAACUAUCAAGAAAGUCCUUAAUAAAAAUGAAUUUUCGUAAUGUCUUUCUCAGUUGAAAAAUAAAUGUUAAUUGCCUCUCAUUUUUUAAAUCUAAUUAAAAAUGUUUUGUCAUUAGCAUAUUUUACUUCAAAAAAACUUAUUUACAGAUACAAAGUAAAUGCAGCAGCAUUUAAAUCUAUUUAUAUAUGUAUAUAAAUUGUUGCAAAUAUUUUCUAUGAUUUAUUUAAUAACCGCAACAAAGUUAUCUAAAAAAAACUUAAUGUUAUUUCUUUUUCCUUAUUUCUUUCCCUUGCAUCGUUUUACAAAUAACAUAAAAAAUAUAAAAAAAUCUAUAGUGUAGUAAAAAUCAAGGGUGUGAGUUGAGCUAUUUAAGAUUCAAUAAUGGAUGACAGUAAAGGUGUGUGAUUCAAGCAUUUGCAUGGUCGAAUCGAAUCGCAUAGAAUUUUUGAUAACCUGCGUUAACCAUGCAGAUGAAAGGAACGCCAAUCAGCAUGUACGAGUAUAACGCAUUGAUCGAAGGCGACAAACAAUUUUGAAUGGAAGAAGGAUGAGAACUAUCUUUUGAACCAUUCUUGAUUAAUUAUUCGAAUGUUAUCAUUUAAUAUAUAUAUUUUUUAUAGAUGUUUAAAGCAACCUUUAGACUAUCGUCGGAAUGGGAUCCAAAAAAUCCUAUGCGCAUGGCGUGUUGGCGUAAAUUUAAAGAGACGAUGAGGAAGAAACGCAAAAAACGCAAUUGCUCGCAACUGAAGCAAUUCGUUUAUGUGAUUUUCUGCUUGGAGCACAAACUGGUGUGAUGUCAUUUUUAAACAAAUUUAGGACAUCAAGUUUAGCCUGAAAACUAACAUAACGCGGACGGCUACGUUGCAACCACUGACUUAGUGUACACACAGAUAGAGUGCAUUAAUAAUGCACAGUGCAUUUGUACUCACAGUCACGAUUAGAGUGUGCCGAGCAUUUCUACUUAUAGGCUUUCCUACACCUUUCUAUUCUGUUUAGCUAAGCUAAGACAUUUGAUUGAAUACCAGACAUUAAAAAUAGAAAUGUAGCAAGGCAUAAAGAAGAAUGCUUGGUGUUUUUGUUCAGCCUAUUUUUACCAAAAUCAAAAUUUGUUUAACCCUCUUGAAACGUAAUCUGGAAUUUUAAAAAAUAGAUUUUUUAGAGUAAAGUUUAUUCAACAUCUAGUUGAAUAACUGAAUAUAACGUUCUUUACACUAAUAAUGAGAAUCGAAAGAGAAAUGAAAAUAAAUUUAAAGAAAAAAAAGAAAAAGGGAUAAUUUGGAGCAUUUCUAAUUUCACAGAUAGAUAUUUAAUUUUAGAGGCAGACAAAUCAAUUUUUUCAAUUAUUUGUUUUAAUACAUUUAUUUUUUACAAGGAGAGUUAUUUAUUAUUAGUAAGCCAUUGAAAGGCAUCGCGUAUCACAGGGUAUGGAUAAAAUUGAAACUGCGUACAUUAUGUAUACUCGAGAAAUAUAACAUGUAAUAAAAAAGUUUCAAAUUUACAUUAAAUGUAUUGGUUUAAGCAGUUUAACAUAUUCAGUAUAAAUACUUCUUUGGAAGCAUAAUCUGUGCAUGAUUGUGAAUAUAAACAUUGAUGGAAUCCUAUGGAUGGAAUAUCGUUCUGAUGACAUAGUAUCAUUGUAUAUAAAUUGAUUUUCCUAAGAUAAAUAUAAUAAGGAAAAGCAGGCCAAUAUACAAGAGCCGGUAAUUGCAAAUUAUAUAGAUAUGAAUAUAAUAUAUUAUAUUCAUUAUUAUAUCAUACGAUAAUAGUGAGAUAAGUGAUGCAGCAUAUUACAAAAAUGCAAACAAUGGAACAUUUUCUAUAACAUUCUCUUCAAUCAAGACAGACAUCGUUUAUUCUCAUAUUGAUCUGGUUAUCUUUAUUUAGAUUUUUCUAAAAAAAUGAGUCGAAUUUUAUUUUAUUUAUUUCUAAGAUACAUUUCUCAUUUAAUAUUAUUUUCACUCAUUUUGCAUUCCCAGAUAUUUUCUGAACGCUAUAUUUAUUAGUAAAAUGAGCAUAUUUCUCUUAUAUAAUUCUGAGGCCAAGCAAUAGAUAAGGCUGUAUUGAUGUACGAUACGUUAAGAAUUCGGGAUUUCUUUCUUUCCUUCCAAAAAUAUUGACGAUAUUAAGAUCGAAAUCACAAAAUAAGUGAAAACAGAUUGCCUAUUUUAUAAAAUAUUUUUAAAAUAAAAUUUUUUAGGAACGUGA